AACACGUGGUUGUUGGCAAAUAACGCAGAUGCACGCAUUGCUUCAAUAAUGGCGAACGAUGGAUACAAUUCUUCGUUGUGUCUACCCUGCGUUUUCUCGCCAAAAUCACGCCAAUACCUAGCUUCAUUUGCCCAAGAUGGCAGACUCCGUAUAUGGAACACAGAUAGUAAAAUACUUCAUCAAGAAUACGUGCCUUCAGCCCAUUUGAGUGCCACUUGUACCUGCAUAGUUUGGGGACCAUGCCGAAUCUCCAAGGAGGGACCUCAGAGGAAAAAGAGGAAAUCAGAGGCAGGGCAUGUGGAGGAGUUGGCGGAUCUGUUGGCUCUGGGAACGGUGGCUGGCAGCAUUAUCAUUUACAGCGCAGUGAAGGGGGCACUGCACUGUACACUGGAUGGGGGUCACAAUGGCGGAGUGAACUGUGUUGAGUGGCACCCCGAGGACGGCCUGCUCUACAGCGGCUCAGACGACUCAUACAUCGUAGAGUGGGACCUGCAGACAAGCAAGACCCGCUGUAAGUGGAAAGCGGACCGUGCGUCAGUGACCAGUCUGUGUGUGAGUCCCGAUGGCAAACUGCUGCUCUCAGCGGGACAGACCAUCAAGAUGUGGGACCUCAAGACCAAGGAGGUGUACCGGAAGUUCACAGGUCACUCCACAGCUGUGACGAACCUGCGCUUUGCCACCACACGUCCCCCGGACAGCAAUGGCCUUUACUUCCUGUCCGGGGCGGCCCACGACAGACUCAUCAGCGUGUGGCAAGUCCAGAAGGACGGCAAUGACAAGAACUCGGUGGUGUCCUUCACCCUGACAGACGACCCCAGGCACAUUGACCUCUUCACUUCCAACAGCAAGGAAGAGGCGGUGAGGCUGGCGGUUGUGUGUAAGGAUGGGCAGCUUCAUCUCUUUGAGCACUUUCUGAACGGGCCUUGUAAGAAGCCGCUGGCCCCCUCCUGUACAGUCCAGGUGUCUGGGCUUGAGGACAACCCCGUGCCCGUUCCCCUGUUGACCGCGGCCCUAACCGCGGACACGCGCAGCCUCCUGCUUGCCUAUGGCAGCUACCUGCAGCCCAUCAUGGAGAGAUUGGAUGUGAACACAGCGGAGAGACACGUCUGCCUAACCCGCGAUGUCCACACCACUCUCACCCUCGCCAUGGAAACCACCGUUUCCAAGGUGAAAACCCCAGUAGUGAACGCCAAGAGCAAAGCUCUUGUCCCUGGUCUUCCCGGUCACCAAGCGCCGGUCAAAGCAGGUUUGGGAUCCGAGAAGAGGAAAAAGGGCACAGGCACCAAAGAGAUGUCCAUAGAGGAGCGACUGGGAGAGAUCGACUUGUCACUUGAGAAGGGAGGAGUCAAGAAAACCCCCUCUCUGCAGACGGACAACUUCGCGGUGCUGCUGGUGCAGGGUCUGGAGAGCAAGGACGUCAACAUCCUCAAUAAUGUGUUUCAGACCCGGAAGGAUAACUUAAUAAAGAAAACCGUUUCCCGGUUACCCAUCCCUGCCGUCUUGCCAUUGGUGGAGGAGAUCACCAAGAGAAUGCAAGGGCAUCCAUACACGGCAGUGGUGAUGGUGCGAUGGCUCAAGGCUGUUCUCAUGCAGCACACCUCCUACCUGUCCUCGUUGCCAGACUUGGUGUCUCAGCUGGGAGUGUUGUACCACGUGAUUGAGAGCAGAGUCAAAAUGUUCUACAAACUGACCAAGCUGCAAGGCAAGCUCUACCUGCUCAUGACACAGGUGGUGGCAGGUGACCGUGGUGUCACAGACGUGGACCACAAGGCCAAGCUUGUCUACGAGGACGCGUCCUCUGAUGAAGACAAGGCUUCAGGCGAUGAAGGCCUUCCAGAUGAAGAUUCUGAUAACUGGGAGGAGGAUGGCGAUGAGGAUAGAGAAGAAGAGACGGAGGAAGACAUGAGGACGGAAUCCAAAGCUAACGGCGAUUCCGACAUGGAACCGGGGAACGAGAGCGAAGAAGAGUGAUGCUCUUCAAAGGAAACUAUCUCAAAAUGAACACACAAAAAUGGACCCAAGAUUUAUGUACUUUCAUUUUAUUUUCAUGCUUUGUUUAUAUUGUAUCAGAACAAAAAUGGUUUAACAAAAAAAAUGGACAGGCAGUGGGUGCGUAUGACCGGCUGUGAACGUGGUCUUUUACCGGGACAGCCCCAAAGGCGGGAACGUUAUAUCCCCACAACCAAGCUGAAAGCCCCAUAUUUUGAAUCUUUUCCAGCGAUCCAAGCCCCAUGCUCCUGUCCCAAUCUCCUGCUUUCUCCACUUUGUCUGUGGUUCUGGGUGUAAAUAAAAUGUGAACCCCCCCCAACUGCUUGUUCCAGAGAAAUGGUGGCCUUGAUGCCUGACAUGGGAUGCAUCCAAAUAGCUCCAUAUUCUCUACAUACAGUUGAUGUCGGAAGUUUACAUACACUAAGGUUGGAGUCAUUAACACUUUUUCAACCACUCCACAAAUUUCUUGUUAACCUCACUAGGAUAUGUAGGACGCUAGAAUCCCACCUCGUUAAAGCUUGGUCGCAAAUGGGUCUUCCAAAUGGACAAUGACCCCAAACAUACUUCCAAAGUUGUGGCAAAAUGGCAACAAAGUCAAGGUAUUGGAGUGGUCAUCACAAAGCCCUGACCUCAACCCUAUAGAGAAUUUGUGGGCAGAACUAAAAAAUCAUGUGCGAGCAAGGAGGCCUACAAACCUGACUCAGUUACACCAGCUCUGUCAGGAGGAAUGGGCCAAAAUUCACCCAACUUUGUGGGAAGCUUGUGGAAGGCUACCAAAUACUAAUUGAGUAUGUAAACUUCUGACCCACUGGGAAUGUGAUGAAAGAAAGAAAUUAAAGCUGAAAUCAAUCAUUCUCUCUACUAUUAUUCUGACAUUUCACAUUCUUAAAAUAAAGUGGCGAUCCUAACUGACCUAGGACAAGGAAUCUUUACUGGGAUUAAAUGUCAGGAAUUGUGAAACUGAGUUGAAAUAUAUUUGGCCAAGGUGUAUGUGAACUUCUGACUUCAACUGUAGCUCACUACUUGCUCUGGCCCGUAUUGCUCUGGUUGAAAUUAGUGAACUAUAUACAGUGCCAUUAUGGAUGCAACCAUGACUAAUAGAUAAUGUCCCCUUGCAAUGUAAAUCUGCAUGAAAGCUGCAGUGUUUGUAGGCUUCCCCAGCUACCCUUGAAUUAAAUUCUUCUGUAAAGUCUCCAACUGAACCCUGUUUUUUUGUUUUGUAUUUUUCUUUCUCCCAACCCUCUUGUUUGUCCUUCACUCCUUUUGUGCAAUGAGUUUUUCAGGGCAUGGAGAUCAUUCCACUGCCUAAAAUCAUAGCUUGAGGGGGGCGACCGGAGAAAAUAAUGAACUUUGCUCGAUUUUGGUGAAUUAAUGGGUUUUCAAACUGGUUGCAGUUCACUUUGUUCAUUUAUACAUCGGUCAACAAAUUUGAUUGAAAAUCACUCUCCUUGUACUUAGCUGUUUGCUACUUUACUUUUUCUUGAGAGGAAAGUACAACUGACUGAAUGUUCCUUGACGUAGUUUAGCACUUUGUGGGCAGACUAAAAGUUGAAUUGAUAUAAAUGUAUGCUCGUGGUACCACCUAUUUACAGGUUGGUUAUUCAAAAAAAUGCAACCAAGGGUUAGUAGUACAAUAGAAACAACCUGGCGGGGUACUAUUUGGGGCUGAGAUGAGCAGGGUUGCACAUGGGUAUAAGGACUAACAUUAGGUUAUCUGCUCUGUAGACGACUAAAGCAAAGAUUUAAUAAUACUCCAUUAGGACAGAAAGCGACAACUGUUGAAUCUACUAAAAGGUGGGAAAGUUUAAAUCUCUCCACACGCUACAAUGUAGGAUAAGCUGAUGAAAGGCACAGAAAAUAGAACUAAACAAAAGAUUCAAGAUGGAGCCUGCAGGGCAUUACUGUCAGUAGCCAUGUUUCCAUGCAAGUAAAACCAUACCGUAAAUAAAAGCGAAAUCAUGACAGCUGUAAUGUAAUGUGUUUUUGUACAAUUUUAUAAAUGCUGACGGAUCAUUUGUCUGACUUGGUUGGAUCUUUAUGUGUUAGUAAAAUGUAAUUAUGCGAGAAGUGUUGGUGGAAAUGCCUUUGUGCAAAUAUUGAUAACCAUAUCGACGUAAACUUGGAGUCACGUUAUUACGUGGUGUGUGGUCCUCCCACUAUGACUUGGGAAUCCAUGCUGUUUAUUAGGCUACAGAUGAAAUAAGUUAUCAUGAAUUUCACAGAGUGGUGAAAGUGUGCACUGAUCUGAUCUUGACGCUCCUUUCCAAUAAAUAUUGAGGAUCUUAUUCUGUUGUCAU